AUGAUUAUGGAAUCACUUGAUUACGUUUCGUGCCCCAUUAGUCCAAUAACUAAUGUGGAUGAUGAUGAUGCCAUGUGGUUUUUCCAAGACUUCCUUACAAAGCUGGCACCUCUUACAACUACCAAUUCCUUCACCGGAAUGAAUAGUUAUGAUGCCAUGCCAUUCUCGCUUCCCGGUCCCGCUGAAGAUGAUACUUAUGUAUCCAGCAUUUCGGCAUCAGAAUCCUCUCCUGAAGUUCUCCAGGUGCAACAACAAAGCCAACAACAACAACAGCAACAGCCAUCACAACCUGAACAACAACAUCGUCGUGUAAGUAUCUCCAAGUUACCCCCAUUGAAUACCGUCCAUGAGGACAAAGAGUUGGAUCUUUCUGUCGUUAAUGAUAAGUUGGCAAUACUCAAGAAUGACGACAACCUCACAUCCCUUAGUUUGGAAAACAUCUUUGACACGAAAGAUAUUCUUGUGGAAAAGGUAGCACCAACAUCCCGAUACCACCAUCAUCAUAACAACCAUUCUGCUCCUAGUAGCAAUGGCAAUAGUAUUAGUGGUCCCUCCGCCAACUCUCCUUUACAUUCCGCAUCAGGCAAGUUAACCAGCCAAGUUCCCAGCAGAAGUAAUUCCAUUGAAAGCACAUUUUCCAAUGCGUCUUCACAGUCUUCUGUGUGCUCAUAUUCCAACAAGCAAUCUCCAGUGAUUGCCGUAAAGAUGGAACCAGCAGGCCCCAUAUAUCAAGAGAACAAUACUCCUGAGACUACUCCUAUGAAUACACCUGUGCUGUUUGGAGGCAAGACAUCAUAUGCCAACCAACAAACUCAACAACAGCAGCAACAAACUGGAUCUUUAUCACCAAGAUCCAAUGCGAUCCCAUUAUCAGCUUCCAUUAACUUGAGAAGAAAACGCACUCCAAGAAAGAAGCUUACAGACACUCAAAAGCAAGCACACAACAAAAUAGAAAAGAAGUAUCGGACAAACAUCAAUGCCAAAAUAGCAGGCUUGCAACAAAUUAUACCGUGGGUUGCCUUUGAAAAGACUGCCUUCGAUGCUGGUACGGUUAAAAUGGAAAGUUCAGAGGAUAUGAACAGUAAUAGCAACGCUGCUAAGUUGAACAAGUCAAUGAUCUUGGAGAAGGCCACUGAUUACAUCUUACAGUUACAACGCAACGAGCUUGAUUUGAACCAACAAAUUGAACGUUUGAGGCAGCAAGUGCUUAGUUUGGGAGGGCAAUUGUAG